CUCAGGAGGGCGGAGCAUUAUUCCUGUCUGACAGAAACAGCUCCCCGACCUUUGAGACUGCAGGAGGGAGAGAGAGAGAGAAAGCAGAUAAAGUAAAGUCCAGAAUGGCCACAGAUUUCACUCAGGACACGGUGUUACAUUUCCUCCAGAGCAGCGGAGGCUCGGUUAAAAACUCUGAUCUGCUUCUACACUUCAGAAACUACAUCCAGGACCAUGUGGACCGGGCCCGGAACCGGGAGCUCUUCAAGAAGUUUGUCAACUCCGUGGCCAACGUUAGACAGGUCGAUGGCGUCUCUUACGUCGUUCUCAGGAAGAAAUUCAGAGGACAUAUCCCCAGCGGCGGAGAAGAGCGCUCCUCCGGGCCGCCGCGAUUCCCCGCCGGUAAGAACACCGAGAACUCCCCGCAGAACGCCAAACUGAGCCCGACUGGGAGCACAGAGAAGCCUCGGCAGAAACCACAGCUGAGGGAGGUGACAACACCUGCCCUGCUGGAAGUAACCGCCGGUAAAACGAUCUUACCUGCGGCAGGGAUCAUGCUGAACAACAACAACAACGUGGAAACAAAUUUUAACUUGAAACAACAACAGGUAGGCCUAAUGAGCACACCUGAACUUUCUGGUAGACCAGCAGCAGCAGCUCAGGCGGUGAGUCAGAUCUCAGAGAAAACAGAACUUAAGUUCCCCAGUCUGUCUAAGCCCCCUGCCCGAGAUCAGUGCACUAAAGUGGGACAGCACAGGGUGGGUUUUGGCCCGUCUCAUGCGAUCACACCUUUGGUCCCUGCAGUCAGACAUCAUGGAGAAACCAGCCAGCACGUCCCAGUCCUAGAAACCUUCAGAGAGAGGGAGGCCUGUCUGCCACCUGAGGGAGGUCUGCAGGAUCCUCCUCUUCAUCACGUCAGUCUUAAUCCUCAGGUUGCCCCACACCGCAUCAGACACAGGCAGAGUUACAAGUCUGCCGUCUCUUGUGAUGAAGAGGAAGAGGUCCCGAUGGGGCGAAGUGCAGUAGAAGGAGCGUGGCCCCUGAGUGUUCCUCUCGGAGACAUGGGGAGGGCCAUCUCCACCUCCUCGCCAUGCAUCAUAGACCCGUCUGCACCUCCCUCUGUCAUCUCCUCCUCCUUCGCUUCAUCAAAAAGGAAGCUCCCAAAUAUUUACAUCCAGGAUGUCGAAGGGGAAACGCUGCCCCCUGGUGGCCCAGGCUGGAGCUUGGAGGUAGGGGAGGGGCUGAGAGGACAGCGGGCCGGGCCAGGACUGGAACCUGGAUCUGCUCCGGGGGAAUCAACGUCCACGAGACGCAGCCUUCCUUUAGAGGCAGAGCACUACAUGCCGUCCCCAGACCAAGCUAAAGAAGUGGCGCCUCAUCGUGAUGUCCACACAGACCACCGAUACUCGCAGUCUGCAGGUGUCCAGCUGGAGCCCAGGCAGGGGCCCGAUCAAAGCCAAAGGGAGUGGCUUUCGUCUAGCCAAAGCAGCAUCUUCUCCCCCUCUGACACAGGCCUUUCCAGCAGAGACUGGCCGCCGUCAGGCUCCUCCAGAGGAUCGGGGUGGAACAGCAGCUACAAAGAUCUACUGGACAAAACAGGUGAUGUUCACGAGGACCGCGAGGAGGCAGAGUGGAGCGAGGGUUCCACCUCUUCACCGCCACUGCGGCAGCGCCCCAUGGUCGCCAGGCGGAUCAGCAGCCAGUUGAGGAGCAGGAUGUGUCGCAGCCUGGGAGCUGACCUCGACCAACUCCUCCAAGAGGAGGCAGGAGGAGGAGGAGGAGGAGGAGGAGGAGGAGGAAGUGAGGUGGCCCGGCUGAACCGCCUCCAUCUGAUCUCCUCCUCACUCAGCCUUCACUAUGACCUGUCGUCCUCCUCGCUGUCGUCCUGUUCCACCCCGCCUCGCUGCCACAGCCUCGCCAACCUGGUCGAGGGGGUGGAGGGGAGAAGAGGGAGGAGGAGUUUCCCCACCGUCUCCUCCUCCACUGCUCAUCAUGAAGGCCCCAGUAGGCAGUCACUGGUUCCUCUGGAGCUCAGGGAGCAUGCCUGGUUGGUGAAGGGGGCGGCGGGUGCUUGGCCCGACAUCUACGCCCUGUUCAGAGAGGACUCUUCCCUGCUCAACAGACAAGACUUCAUCUCUGGCUUCACUGUGCUGCACUGGAUUGCCAAACACGGUGACCACAGAGUCCUCAACACCUUAUGGUAUGGAGUUCAAAAGGCUGGUUUGACCUUCGAAAUAAACGCCAGGUCAACAUGCGGCCAUACGGCUCUCCACAUUGCCGCCAUCCACGGCAACAAGAACAUAAUGCAGUUGCUGGUUAACAAGUUCAACGCCAACGUGACGCUGAGGGACGUGGCGGGAAAGAAGCCUUGGCAGUACCUGAGCCGCACUGUGCCGCCGGAUGUCUUCCAUCUGCUGGGAGCCCCAUUGCGGGCUGCUGGGGGAGGUCAGGGAGGAGUCGGGAGAGUAGACUCCAGCUGGAAACAGGAGCAGCAGCAGCAGCCACACCGCCGCCAUCGGCGGCAUCACCUCUCCGUGGCUUCCUCGGGGGAGAGGCCACUGACCAUUUCAGGCACAACAAGGGUCAAAAGGUCGUCGUCAAUUGCUGCAUUCCUCAAACACAAAUCGCUGCAUAGGUUUCAUGGACAUCAGUCUGACACCUCAGUUUAAAACCUCAACUGAUGGAGUUGGAAGUUGGGUUUUUUUUUUUUUUUUUUUUUCAGUCGAAAAUGGAGAAAGCUAUCAUAUUAGCUGUUUCGUGCAUCUAAUUUUUCUAAACCUGUUCUGCUGGAGUAGAAACUGCUUCACAAAAGAGGCAUGGUUUGUAGUCAGCAGUCAGACUGGAGUCUAGCUAACUAGCAUGUUGCCUGUCAGCUCGCCAGCUACAGUAGUUCACCAACUAGCCCCUCUAGUAGCCACUGCGUCACCAAGCUUCCAGCACCAGCUACUUCACAAAGAAAUAUGAAUUUUGCUGUGUCGCUUUCUUAUGACCAUGGCACUUACAGUGUUAAAAGCUACCAGUUUUAAGGAGAGUGGUAUCUGACAGAGGAACAUGAGUGACAAAACUCCACAUUCACCUGAUUUUCAAGUUUUUACUCAACCUGAAGGUCUUCUUUCUGCUCUGUUGGAACAUGUUUCCUGAACUGUAAAGGAACUCACCAAACACCCAGGAUUAUAUUUCAGGAGAUACAGUCAUGAGGUUAAAGGAGUUUUUUACGGUUGACACUGACGUUUUGACAUGAACUUUUGUUCUUGGUACUUUCUCAGCUUUAGAUAUGUUGCUUGUUCCUGCUGUGGGUUAACAAAGCCUCUUCAGCUGUUAGCGUGUGGUUUUCUAAUUUUUAAAAUUUAUUAAAAAGGGGAUUCGCCCCUUUCAGCCCAAAACCAUGAGUUCAGUCCCAAAUUACUGCAACAACAGGGAGCAGUAGUUUCUGCGCCUGAGCUUUCGAUUUAACUGGCUAUGAAUGCCAAAGAAAAGACUGUAUCACAAACACUGCUGGAUCUGAGACAUGAUGGCUUAAAGCGAGAGGUGAUUUACAAGCACUUAGCAGAGCAGGUUGGUUUUCAGCAUGAUUGUCUGUUGUCAUUGUUGGGGGGGGGGAGCAGCAGACAGUGGAAGUUGGAGUAGGAGCCACAUGGGCAGCGUGAGCUCCAGUUUCCACUUUUUGCUGGCACUGAAUCAGAUGUUAAGUUGGUGGGGUGAUUUUUAAAAGUUACGUCUGGUUUAUUACAACUUGGGUAUUAUUUUUUGUAGUUUUGUCUAUGUGGGGACAUCACUAUAAAGAAGGCAGAUGGUUCGAGAAACAGGAGCAGUCAGACGAUCAGACAAGUUGUGAACAAACCCUUAGCUCACAAUAGUCAAAUGUACGAAAUGAUAAUCAAUAUAAAAUCCAAAAUGUGAGUUACUGCGCGCGGCAAAGAAACAGCAUAUAGCCCUAUUUAUAAACGUGACGUUUUUGCACUCCAUUUUUUGUAUGGAUUAAACAAACGAGAUAUAAUGUGUUAAAUUAGUGAGUUUUCGAGGUGCUGGUAAGCAAAUUUUGUUACCUUUGGGCAGAGCCAGCCUAGCUAUUUCCGCACUGCUUCCAGUCUUUAUGCUAAGCUAAGCUAACCGUCUCCUGGCUGUAGCUUCAUUUAUUGUAAAGAUAUGAGCGUAGUGUCAAUCUUUUCUUCAAACUCUCGACUCAGCUCUCAAAAUGUCAAACAAUUCCUUUUAACCUGGUGAAUACAAUGUUAAAAGUACUGACAGAAAUGAAGGACAAGCUAUGGAAAUAAAAAGCCAAGUUGUAAUAAACUGAAAUUAUCCUUUCAUUUCUGAGACCAUAGCUUGUGAUGGUGUUGUAUUCUAUUUGCACGUCAUACAGGAUUUGUAGUUAGUGGUGUAAAACAUGUAAAAACCCUAAUAUUGUCCUUUUAACGCUCACCACCAGGAGAAACCUGGUGUGUUUUUGGUUUGUAAAUUAUUCUGAUCUGAAGUUUGCUGUAAUGGCGAUGUACAGUAUUUUUCACACCAUUGGUCAAAGUUUAUACACUGAGUAUUAAAUAUGUUUCACAGUUGGAGGUGUAUUUUUAUAGAACUUUAUUUGACAUCUUCAAACACUGGUCAGUUUUCGUGGAUAUGGAUGGUUUUCUAUUCAGAUCCAUUUCUCAUCAGAUUUUUUUUACAGUUUCAGUUAUUUCUAUGGAGCUCCAAAAAAAUAAGAAAUAUGACUGAAAACUCACAAUAAAUAAUACUGUUAAUUAAUUAGUUAGUUAAUUUAAUGGAGUGCAAAAAUAACUUUAUAUUUCCUUUUAACCUCCAAUCAGUUGGUAAAAUAAAUAAAAUAUUUAUUUUUCACUAGAUCAUUUUAUUUCUCAGCACCUUUUGUUUUCCUUUUUGUUUUUUGUCUUUUCUACCAACUGAUUGAAGAUUAACGGGAAAGUAUAAAGUUAUGUAUUUCGCUGUUAUUUUGCCGUCCAUUUUAAAUAUUUAACUAACAGUAUUAUUUACUGAUGUAAUCACUUUUUUUUUUUGACUUGUCUGACACCACAGUUUUGGGGCUCCAUAGAUUUACGGCUUUAUCGUCUGCCAGUACUGAGGUUUUUUCUUUUUAAUUCUUGUACACUGCUCCCUUGGGUUUUUCCAUGAGUGUUAUACCAGUCAUGAAAAGCCCUGGAGAUCAAAAGAGAAAGAGAGAUGAACUGAAAGAAAUUGAUUAGUUAAUCAACAGAAAGCAAUAAAAUGCACCUUUGCUCAA